AUCUAGUGCUUAGAUAGGUACAUAAUAAAUUAACUAUGCUCAUUGCUCAUUAAUAAUUGUAAAUUAUUGGAAAAAUUUAAUAGCUAAUAGUGAAUUCAUAAUGUUGCGUUACAUUUGCUUAUUUUUUGUGAUUUUUGUUCACGCUGACGAUUAUAUUCAGUGGCCACCUACUAUUAAACAGCAAGUGGAGAUGCCGCGCUGGCCGCCCGACGCGCCCGUCAGAGAUGGCGAGAGUUUUGACUUCAUAAUAGUGGGUGCUGGUUCAGCGGGCGCGGUGCUGGCGAGCCGGCUCACUGAAGUGAGCGAGUGGCGCGUGCUACUGCUGGAGGCCGGCGGAGACCCGCCCAUAGAGAGUGUGGUGCCAGGUCUGCUGGGCUCGCUGGAGCACAGUCGCGUGGACUGGAACUACUCGUCGGUGAACGACGGGUGGACGGCGCAGGCGCAGCGCCGCCGCGGCCGCGUGUCGCUCCCGCGCGGCCGCAUGCUGGGGGGGACUUCCAGCCUCAACUCCAUGAUGUAUGUCAGGGGUAAUCCAGCAGAUUACAACAGAUGGGCAAGGAAGGGAUUCGAAGGAUGGGACUGGGAAUCGGUUUUCCCAUAUUUCUUAAAGAGUGAGAAUCUCCAAGAUGAAAACUUAAACAAUGAUCCCAAGUACUCCCCUUACCACAACACUAAAGGGCCCAUGAAGGUCACUGUGCAGGAGAGCAUCGAUCCCAAUGUUGUUGAAAAGUGGGAUGUCUUGUUGGACUCAUUGGAUGAAAUAGGAAUUAAAAGAAUAGUGGAUUACAACGGCCCCGAUCAAUUUGGUGUUUCCAAAUGUUACUUCAGCCACUCGGCACCGCCGGGCGUGCGGUCCAGCACCGCGCAGGCCUUCCUCGCGCCCGCCGCCGACAGGACCAACUUGUUCGUGCUCAAAAACGCGUUCGCUAAAAGAGUCCUCAUAGACGACGACAGAGAAGCGAGAGGGGUCGAAGUGGAAGUGGACGGCGAGGUGCUUCAAUUCUUCGCUGAAAAAGAAGUGAUCGUCUCUGCCGGUGCACUGAAUAACCCCAAACUGUUGAUGGCAUCAGGUAUCGGCCCGGCCAAAGAGGUAAAGAAGUUGGGAGUAGAAGUGUGCGCCGAUUUGCCAGUCGGUUACAACUUGCAAGAUCACCUCCUCGUGCCAGUAUUUUUCACCGGAGCGCCAACCCAGCAUAUCGACGAAGCGAACUACGGACCAAAAGUUAGUCUCGACUAUUUUCCGUUUCCCCGGCUGACCGGUUUCUUCUCGGUGCACAACCGGGCGCGGCCGGAGCUGCAGCUCAUCUCGUACUACUUCAACCAGUCGUCGCCGCUGCUGCAGGCCGCCCUCAACCGCUCGCUCAACUACGACGACGAGGUGGUGGACUCCGUGGAGGACGAGAGCUACAAGCACGAGAUCUUCAUGCUGGCGCUGGUGCUGCUGCACCCCAGGUCCCGCGGCAAGGUGACCGUCACCAGCCUGGACCAGGCCGUGCCGCCGCAGAUCUACCUGGGCUACCUGUCGCAGCGGGACGACCUGCGCCUCGUGCAGGCCGGCAUCGACAAGCUCCUGCAGCUGACCACCACGCGGUACUUCCGCUCCGUGCGGUCCCGCCUGCUGCGCGUGGACCUGCCCGACUGCGACAACCACCACGAGUACCUGGGCGCGGCGUACUGGGAGUGCUACGUGCGGCACAUGGCGCGCUCGCUGUGGCACCAGGCCGGGACGUGCGCCAUGGGCCGCGUGCUGGACGCGGCGCUACGCGUGCGCGGCGCGCGGCGCCUGCGCGUGGUGGACGCGAGCGUGAUGCCCGCGCUGCCCAGCGGGAACACCAACGCGCCCGUCAUCAUGAUGGCUGAGAGGAUGGCCGAUGUCAUCAAGAAGGAGUAUAAUAAACUUUGAUUAAACCUAUGAUUAGGUAUGCAUUAGUUUCUAAUAAAUUAUGUUUAGCCCUAA